AUGCCAGAUUUGAAAGUCAGCCCUCGUCCUCAAGGCGAGGUCUCCUCUCCGCAGGAGCCCUUGGCUCCUUGUACGGUCGACGAGAAAAAGGUCUCCGUGGACAUCAGCGCCGACCCUUCAGUGGACGUGGUGGACGAAGGAGAAGAGGUGGACAUUCAUCAUCCAGCCAACCAGGAUGACAUUCUCACACAGACACUCCACGUUCAAGAUGAUCCUACGUUGAACUGUUUCACAUUCCGCACCUGGUUUCUGGGUAUUGGUCUAGCGGUGUUUGGCGGUACCAUCUCCUCCAUCUACUACUUUAAGCCGCAAACCGUUGCGGUAUCCACCGUUUUCGUUGCCGUCCUCGCAUAUCUCCUCGGCGAGGGUCUGUCAAUGAUUAUCCCAAGAAAAGGAUGGAUUGGGAAAUGGUUCAAUCCUCAGCCUUUCAACGUCAAAGAGCAUCUGGCUAUCAUUAUCAUGGCAAAUUCAGCCAGUACUGCUGCGCUUGGUAUCGAACUUUUGGCGGUAGAGCGACUCUACUACGAUGCGAAGCUAAAUGGUGCGCUGUCGAUCUUCCUUUUAUUCUCGUCCCAAAUGCUGGGUUAUGGCUUUGGCGGAUUGAUGCGCAAAACACUUGUCUACCCGAAGACCAUGAUGUGGCCUCAGAACCUUCCCGUGAAUAACAUGCUGGAAACGUUAUAUCGCCCUCGCUCCGUGACUCGGAAACCUCUCAAGGUAUUCGGGAUUGUCUUUACUCUUGUCUUUUGCUGGGAGAUCAUUCCAGAGUGGAUUAUGCCCAUUCUCACAGGAGUGAGCAUUUUUUGUCUGGCCAACCAGAAGAGCGCUGUCUUUACCAACGUUUUUGGUGGUGCCAGUGGAAACGAAGGAAUGGGCCUUUUUUCCCUCUGCUUGGACUGGGAUUACAUCUCUGGGGGUUACUCUCCACUCUACUACCCAGUCGAUAGUCUGAUCAGCCAAGGAGUGGGCGUGAUCUUAUGCAUUGUGGUGUUUUCUGGUGUUUACUACGGUAACAUCUGGAACGCACAGAACUUCCCAUUCCUUUCCCAGGUUCUUUUCAGUGAGAAUGCGACCAUGGAAAACCAACUCCAAUGGAAUCAGACUCUAGUCAUUGGCUCCGACAAUCGCAUUAGUCAGGACGCGUUGGCCACGGUGGGAUUACCGUGGUUUGCGGCCACAUACGUUAUCAAUAUUCUGACGUCCAAUAUGUGCAUCUCCGCUGGUAUCAUGCAUAUGCUUCUCUGGCACUGGCCAGAAAUGAAGACGGUCCUGGGUAUCUUCCGUUGGCAAAAUCUCGCACAGAAAUUCAAUCCCAAAAACUGGAACCCGACCUUCUGGCGGGACGAGGCAAAGCCUGAUCCCGAGCAGGAAAACUAUGAUCCUCACUACAAGCUGAUGAUGGCCUACAAGGCGGUUCCUGAUUGGUGGUACCUUUGUGUACUAGCACUUUCCGUCGUUGUGGCGCUGAUAUGUCUCUACAAGGGAGAUUCAACAUUGCCAUGGUGGGGAUUCCUAGUGUCGUGCUUAGUUGCAUGGCUGUUUUUGCUGGUUUUUGGAGCCAUGCAGGCGACAACCGGGAUUGCCUUUAUCAUCCAGCCGAUUGUACAAUUGAUCGGAGGAUAUAUCCAACCCGGCAACCCUGUUGCUAAUAUGUAUUUCACGCUUUAUGGCUACAACUCCGUAGUUCAAGGUUCGCUGUUGUGUCAAGACCUUAAGCUCGCUCAAUACGGUCACUUGGCCCCUCGUGUCACUUUCACCAUGCAAAUGAUCGGCACUUUCAUUGGUGCUAUUUUCAACUAUAUCAUGAUGAACAGCAUUGUUACCAAUCAGCGAGAGAUCCUUCUGUCGGUCGAAGGUACCAACAUUUGGUCUGGUCAACAGCCCCAGCAGUACAAUACCUUGUCCGUCGCAUGGGGAGGUCUAGCCCACGAGUUGUUCUCUGUCGGUUCGCGCUACCAGUGGUGCAGCAUCAUCAUUCUUGUUGGCUUUAUAACGCCACUUCCUUUCUACUUCCUCCACAAACGAUUCCCGUCGCUCGGUCUGAACAAUAUUAACACAUCAGUGAUGAUCUAUUAUAUUUCCUACCUUUGCGUGGGCAUUAAUUCGUCCAUCAUGUCGUUCUUUAUCAUCGGAUUUGGAUCGCAGUGGUACUUGAGACGCUACUACCCAAACAUCUUUAUCAAAUACAACUAUCUGGUCUCGGCCGCGCUGGAUGGCGGUACUUCGAUCAUUAUCUUUAUCUUGUCAUUUGCAAUUUUUGGAGCGGCCGGAAAAUCGGUUUCCUUCCCAACUUACUGGGGAAAUAAUGAAAACGGGAACUAUGAUCUGUGUUUGUAUACUGAUUAG